AUGAUGAUAAGGAUUUGGAAUAACUAUACCAGAAAUUACAGAUUUUUUCUCUCCGAUUACCGUACUUUCUCGACAAUCAAACCACCCCAAAUCCCAGGGAUCGCAGAGACUAAACUCUUGAUCUCAGAACGAAGAUUCGACACAGAUUUAGCUACCAACAAGACUCGGAUUUACGUCUCUCUCUUUCGGCUCUAUUUAAUCCACGGGAGGCUUUACGGUGCAGCAAGGACGCUCUCUGCGAUGUGUAGUUUCGGGGUUGUUCCGGAUUCGCGUCUCUGGAAUAGUCUGAUUCACCAUUUCAAUGUGAAUGGUUUGGUUCCUCCUCAACAGGUAUCAUUGAUUUACGGAAAGAUGAUAACUUGUGGAGUUUCGAACGAUGUUUUUGCUCUCAAUGUGUUGAUUCAUUCUUUGUGCAAAGUGGGUCAAUUGAGAUUUGUAGUUAGAUUAAUUAGGAGUAGAGUAGUAAGCGUCGAUACUGUUACUUACAACACUGUGAUUUGGGGUUUAUGUGAGCAUGGUUUGGUUGAUGAGGCUUAUGGGUUUUUAUCUGAAAUGGUGAAGAAAGGUAUAAUGCUCGAUAUGGUUAGCUACAAUACUCUGAUUGAUGGGUUUUAUAAAGUUGGAAACUUUGAUAGAGCUAAGGCUUUAGUUGACGAAAUAUCGGAACUAAACCUUAUCACUCAUACUAUACUCAUUAGCUCUUACUACAAUCUCCAUGCUAUCGAAGAAGCCUACGAGGAUAUGGUUAUGAGCGGGUUUUAUCCGGAUGUUGUUACUUUUAGUUCGAUUAUUAACAGAUUGUGCAAAGACGGAAAAUUGCUGGUAGCGGGAUUGCUACUGAGGGAAAUGGAGGAGAUGGGUGUAUAUCCAAACCAUGUAACUUAUACUACUCUUGUUGAUUCGUUGUUUAAAGCAGAAAAUUACCGCGGUGCUUUGGCUUUUUACAGUCAAAUGGUUGUGCGUGGGAUUCCUGUAGAUUUAGUUGUAUAUACUGUUUUGAUGGAUGGUCUGUUUAAGGCCGGGGAACAUACUGAGGCUGAGAGAACAUUUAGGAUGCUUUUGGAAGAUAGCCAAGUUCCAAAUGCGGUUACCUAUACGGCUUUGGUAGAUGGCAUGUGCAAAGCAGGGGAUUUAAGCAGUGCAGAGUCUGUCAUAACGCAGAUGUUAGAGAAAAGUGUAUAUCCAAAUGUUGUCACGUACUCUAGUAUGAUAAAUGGCUAUGUAAAGAAAGGAAUGCUCGAAAAAGCUGUUAGUGUUAUGAGGAAAAUGGAGGACCAAAACAUUGUGCCGAAUAGUUUUACUUACGGUACAGUAAUUGAUGGCUUGUUUAAGGCAGGAAAACAAGAAGUAGCUAUUGAAAUGAGCAAGGAGAUGAAGCUCAUUGGGCUGGAGGAAAACAACUACAUACUCGAUGCUCUGGUGAAUCAUUUGAAGAGAAGUGGUAAGACUAAGGAAGUUAAGGGAUUAGUCGAAGACAUGGUAUCUAAAGGAGUGACCCUGGAUCAUAUUAACUACACAUCUUUAAUUGAUCUGUUCUUCAAAGGAGGAUACGAAGAAGCUGCUCUUGCUUGGGCUGAAGAAAUGGAGAAGAAUGGGAUGCCGUGGGAUGUUAUUUCUUACAAUGUCUUGAUCAAUGGGCUGUUAAAGUUUGGCAAAGUCGGAGCAGAGUGGGCCUACAAAGGAAUGAAACAGAAGGGUAUAGAACCUGAUGUCGCUACAUUUAACAUAGUUAUGAAUUCACACCGAAAGCUAGGGAACUUUGAAGGUAUCCUUAAGGUUUGGGAUGAGAUGAAGAGUCAUGGGAUAAAACCAAGUCUGAUGAGUUGCAACAUUGUGGUUGAAACGCUAUGUGAAAAGGGUAAGAUGGAGGGUGCAAUUGACAUAUUGAACCAAAUGAUGUUUAUGGAGAUCCAUCCUAACUUAACGACUUACCGAAUUUUUCUUGACACAUGUUCAAAGCAUAAAAGAGCUGAUGUGAUAUUCAAAGCGCACGAGAAACUCCUGAGUUAUGGAAUUAAACUCAGUACGCAAGUUUACAACACUCUUAUUGCAACUCUGUGCAAACUAGGUAUGACAAAAAAGGCAGCUAUGGUGAUGGAUGAUAUGAAAGAGAGAGGCUUUGUUCCUGAUACUGUGACGUUCAAUGCCCUUAUGCGUGGGUACUUUGUGGGCAGUCAUGUCGGAAAAGCUCUUUCAACAUAUUCCGCUAUGUUGGAAGCAGGAAUAUCCCCAAAUGUUGCAACCUACAAUACUAUAAUAAGAGGUCUCUCUGAUGCCGGGCUAAUAAAAGAAGUGGAAAAAUGGCUGAGUGAGAUGAAGAGUAGAGGUAUACGCCCUGAUGAUUUUACGUACAAUGCUUUAAUUUCUGGUCAAGCUAAGAUUGGGAAUAAGAAAGAAAGUAUGACGAUUUACUGUGAGAUGAUCGCUGAUGGGUUUGUUCCGAAAACCGGCACUUAUAAUGUGCUUAUCAGUGUUUUUGCUAAAGUUGGGAAGAUGCUUCAGGCGAGAGAGCUAAUGAAGGAGAUGGGUAAGAGAGGAGUGAGUCCCAAUACUUCAACUUAUUGUACUAUGAUAUCUGGUUUGUGCAAACUCUGCACUCUUCCAGAAGUUGAGUGGAACAGAAAAGCGAUGUACUUGGCAGAGGCAAAAGGAUUGUUAAAAGAGAUGGUUGAAGAAAAGGGAUUUAUUCCGUGUAAUCAAACUAUUUACUGGAUAAGUGCUGCUUUUUCUAAACCAGGGAUGAAGGUUGAUGCUGAAAAUUUCUUAAAGGAAUGUUACAAGAAAAAGAAUGCUCGUUCCUCAAAUUCGUGA